AUGGCGAAGCAGCAGCUUGAAGUGUUGACGGCUCUGGACGUGGCAAAAACACAAUGGUACCAUUUCACGGCCAUUGUAAUUGCCGGAAUGGGCUUUUUCACUGAUGCCUAUGACCUCUUCUGCAUUACCACAGUAACAAAACUCCUGGGACGAAUUUAUUGGGCAGACAUCUCGAAACCCAACGUGCCUGGCAUUUUACCCUACGCAGUGUCAUCUGCAGUUCAGGGCGUGGCCUUAUGCGGAACCUUAGCUGGGCAACUCUUCUUUGGCUGGAUGGGCGACAAAUUGGGGCGAAAGAAAGUAUACGGCAUAACGCUUUUGCUCAUGAUAUUGUGCUCCAUUGCAUCAGGAUUUUCCUUCAGCAGCUCCAGGGAAGGUGUGAUGGGCACGCUAUGUUUCUUCAGAUUCUGGCUGGGCUUUGGCAUAGGCGGAGAUUAUCCAUUGUCCGCCACCAUCAUGUCUGAGUACGCCAACAAGAAGACCAGAGGAGCCUUCCUCGCAGCCGUGUUCGCCAUGCAGGGCUUCGGCAUCCUCACGGGUGGUGUAGUAUCCCUCAUCGUUUCUACUGCAUUUGGAAAGUAUGAGAAGGACAGCCAAAACCUGAUACCAGUCCAUCAAGCAGACUAUGUAUGGAGAAUUAUCCUGAUGCUUGGUGCUGUUCCGGCGGCGCUCACGUUUUAUUGGCGGCUGAAGAUGCCGGAAACCGCUCGUUACACGGCCCUGGUUGCCAAGAACGUAAAGCAAGCGGCCGCCGACAUGUCGAAAGUUCUGAAGGUGGACAUCGAAGAAAACCAGACUAAAAUGCAGUCGAAAGAACCAGAAUUCGGAUUGUUUUCUGCCCAGUUCUUGAGACGCCACGGUCUGCACCUUCUGGGCACCGCGUCUACCUGGUUCCUCCUUGACGUUGCCUUCUAUAGCCAAAACCUGUUUCAAAAGGAUAUGUUCUCGGCCGUCCACUGGAUCCCUAAACCCGCCGGAAUGCAUGCCAUACAAGAAGUAUACGAGAUCUCAAAGGCGCAGGCACUAAUUGCCAUUGUAUCCAUAAUCCCGGGGUACUGGUUCACGGUAGCCCUGAUCGAUCGUAUUGGCCGCUUUGCCAUUCAACUCAUGGGCUUCUUCUUCAUGUCGCUCUUCAUGUUCGUGCUGGGUGUCAAGUACGAGUAUUGGAAAAUGCACAAAAUUGGCUUCGUUGUUUUGUAUGCGCUCACCUUUUUCUUCGCUAACUUCGGGCCCAACAGCACCACAUUCAUUGUCCCGGCCGAGAUUUUCCCGGCCAGACUUCGUUCGACCUGCCACGGCAUAUCCGCUGCGUGGGGUAAGGCAGGAGCCAUUGUUGGUGCUUUUGGGGUCGGUCAUAUGACAAGACAUCAAAAGCAUGUUUCUGAGGCUCUGUUAUUGCUCGCUAUUUCUAAUGCUCUGGGUUUUGUGUUCACGUUUCUCGUGCCUGAAACAAGUGGCAGAUCCCUGGAAGAAAUGUCUGGAGAAACUGAUGGAGUAGAAGAGAAUGACGAGGACCCUAAAAUUCCACCCACCCUCAUUGUGUAA